CUCCAAAAUCUUCCCCAUGCUUGCAUAUUAAAGGGACACCUCUGAAAAAAAAGGAUACGUUCAAGGUGGCCCUUAUCCACUGUACACUACAUACUCCGAGCCACGUGGUCGAGGGCAGGGCCGCCAGGCGAGGAGGGAGUGGCCGUCUGCGUCUCGCCCGCUGCGCUGGUCUUACCACCAGAGGCAGUCGCCUUCGCCUUGUUGGACUUCGGCUUCCUUUUCUUCCCCAUGAUCGACAACGAUGCGCGCUCGCACAAUCUUCCUUUUCUGCGAGUGAGGUGUGGUGAAUUAAACCACCCAGUCAGUAGAGGAAGGGUCUUCAGCCGUUUCAGGGAGAUACACGAGUGGAUAACGGCCUAACGCUAGAACCAGAGAGGGCCGCCAUGACCAGCAAGGACGACGAAUACGACUUUCUGUUCAAAGUGGUGCUGAUAGGGGACUCGGGGGUUGGCAAGAGCAAUCUCUUGUCGCGGUUCACACGUAAUGAGUUCAACUUGGAGAGCAAGAGCACCAUUGGAGUGGAGUUUGCCACCCGCAGUAUCCAGGUGGACGGCAAGACAAUCAAGGCUCAAAUCUGGGACACAGCUGGCCAGGAGAGAUAUAGAGCCAUUACCAGCGCUUACUACCGUGGAGCUGUGGGGGCUCUGCUGGUCUAUGACAUCGCUAAACACCUCACCUACGAGAACGUCGAGCGAUGGCUGAAGGAACUGCGCGACCAUGCUGAUGCCAACAUUGUGAUCAUGUUGGUCGGCAACAAGUGUGACCUCCGCCACCUUAGAGCUGUGCCGACUGAGGAGGCUAAGGUUUACGCAGAGAAAAACACUCUGUCUUUCAUCGAAACAUCGGCCCUGGACUCAACGAAUGUAGAGACUGCGUUCCAAAACAUCCUCACAGAGAUCUACCAUAUUGUCAGUCAGACAUCAACAGCCAAUGAUGACCAGCAAGUGACGCCAGAGAUACCAGGAGGCAAGCCCAUCAGGCCAGGAGAGGAGGAGGAAAAACCAGCCAAACGGCAGUGUUGCCAGCGGCAAUAGACUCCUCCCCCUCAUUAUGAUGUCAUCUUAUUAGUACUUAAUAACAAAUUGCACCUUGUGAUAUAACGCUUUAACUGAAUAAGUAAGUUGCACUUUACACAACGUGUAUCAUUAACUUAUUUGGAAUAAGUCAUACACUUGUUCUACAUGUUUUCUCUACAACGAAGUACAUAAUGCUGUGUUGGCUGUAUAUAAUAGGGGAUUUACUUUUGUUGCCGUAGAGAUUAUCAUAAAGAUUUUAACCCAUAUUUCUGUGGCAAUCAGAAUGGUUUCACAAACAUGUACAGGUCUAAAUUGUGCUCUUGCUGUGGGUGUCCGCAUCAUUUCUUCACUGCAUUACAUUACUUGACCUAUUAUGUUUGUAAUAAUCAGCAGAAGGACGAUGGAUUUUUUGGAAGCUUGAACAAAUACCCUUCAAAACCAUCUGGGCUGAAAGAGCUACCUUUAGAUACCAUUAGUUUGCAUGUAGCAGCUUUUUUCAUCUU